AUGGCGAGCGGCAGCACCUUGGUGCCCUCACGGACGACACCAAUAGUAGAUGCCGGUCGGACGACUCCCACCAAAUCCCAGAUACUUCAGCCGAUAGGCAAUGUCGUGGGCGACGAGCAUCCAAUAUCCCGGCAUGUGAAGAUCUUGACGCCCAUGAAACAACACGAGAAGCGGUCGCGGAGCCCCGAGUCUGCUCGCAAGCUCUCCUCUCCUGGCAAUCGAAAGCGGACACGAUCCAGUCUUGUACCAUCGUCCGAGGAGACAGACGAUUCUGGAAAAGAAGACUCUGAGGACGUCCGUCGGUCCCUCCUGUUUCCCCCACAACGAAGACGCGACUCGCUGCUGUCGGACGACGAUGACAGAAAUUCAGGCGCGGAUGGUGAAGAUUUAUGA